UCCUAUGCAGCUAUACGCCCAAUCCCAGAACAGCUGGGUAGUGACAAAAGCAAAAAGCUUCCUCUCUUCCAAACUCACAACCCCAGACCCCAAAAGCUGCUCUUUUUUUGGUUGCCUCUCUCUCUCUGAGCUCUCUCCUCUGUUGCCCACAUUACCAGAGUCUUCCUCUCAGUCGCAAACACGCACGGACACCCAAAAGCGACUCACUUACCAGUCCAACACAAUCCCAAAACCCAAAAGCUCUCUCUCUCUCUCUCUCUCUCUCUCUCUCUCGAUCUCUCACCAGUCAAUCAUGGCUGAAAACGGGCACAAACUACAACAACAGCAGCCAGAAGAAGAAGAUGACACGAAGAAGCUAUUGUGCUCCUACCUUGGCCUGAGCCUGGGCAUUUUCCUGGCUUUAGCUCCCGACAACUUCCAGGAGCUCCAGACCCAAGUGGGCGAGCUCUCUGCCCGGCUGUGGCAGGCGGAAGAGCAAGUCAGGCUCAUGACUUCCCGCCGGAAAGAGGACUCCAAAGCUAACGCCAGGGUCGUCGAGAUCUUCGCCAGCCACCGCAACGCUUGGCAAGCAGAGGAGAAGCGGCUGCUACACCAGAUCGACGCCGCCCAUCAAGAAAUUGGCCACCUCCAUGCCAGGAUUCUGGAGCUGGAGAAAACCCAGGACGAUUCCAGCGCCAGGAUUCGGGAUUUGGAGAGGGAGGUUGGGGAGAGGGACGACAUGAUUGGCUUCAUGGCCACCAGAGGCGGAGGAGGAGCUGAUGCUGAGGCUGUUGACGCCGACCACCACUGUCACCGCCACCAAGGCAAGGAGGAAGUCAAUGUCUACGACAAUGCCGUCGCCUUCAGCUUCGACUCCCACUUGGUAGCCGAUGCUUCCAAGCUCUGGCAGGAUGUACAGUAUGAAUCCCUUGAACCGUUAUAUCACAUGAAGCAUUUUGUGCCAAGGGAGUCACCUUGGAAGCUAGAUGGUGAGUCGACCAGAAUAUCCUCGAAGCUAAAAUUACUUGAACAGGAAUUACUGAAUUUGGAAACUAUUGGGAAGAGUGAUCUUUCCAAGGUACCUUCAUCGAUGAGGAAGCAGACCAAGAGGUAUCAAGCUCUUGCGGGGAAGAUAGACGAUCUGUGCAGAAGAAUGCAAGGUAGUGAUCCCUCCGAACCUACACUCAGUCCAGAGUUUCGUACACAAAGACAAACGGAGUUUUUACUCGAAUCAUUUAGACUUCAACAACGUGCAACGGAAACUGGACAGAAGCUGAUGGCAGUACAAACGGAGAUUGGGAAGAGUUCUUAUGGGGACGAGCUGGGGAACCAGGCCAAACACAACACACGACGGUCUUUGGAUUCGAUCAGAAACAACUUGAAAGAAAUACAAAGAAAUUUGGAGAUAUGGCUGGCCCGAAUCAUCGGAGAUCUUGAAGGUAUUCUGGCUAGAGAUGGCGCUUCUCGUGUAGGGGAAUAUUGUAUCUCUAGAUAUCCUUUUGUUCAGUAGAUCUGUGGAUAUGAACUUAAAUAUUUCUCCCAAAUUGUUUUCACUUUUUGUAAUUAUCCUGGUUCCUGGUGCAAAUGAAAUCAUUCCACUUUGUGUA